AUGUUUAGGAAAACAGUGGCAGAAUUUGUUCAGUAUAAGCUGCAUCUCUAUUGUUAUCGUUAUGUCACAACUUUGGGUAUAAAGUCUUUGGCCACUUCAACAACGACGCCAACUUCAAGAUCAGGAGGCGAAGAUUCAGAACAACAAGGGCAACAAACCAUUAUAACAGUGUCUCCAACAACCAAGGUGAACACUUGUACUGGUAAUAUACAUGUUUCUACUCCACUAGAUUCCCCAACUAAACCACCAGAAGGGUCGCCAUUAUCCUUGAGAUCAGCUACUAGGGACGCUUCUAAGUUUGGUACUCGUCCCAUAUAUCUUGAUGUCCAAGCCACAACUCCAGUAGACCCUAGAGUCUUGGAUAAAAUGAUGGAAUUUUAUACAGGUCUUUACGGGAACCCCCAUUCUUCAACUCAUGCAUAUGGGUGGGAAACUGAAAAAGAAGUUGAAAGGGCAAGAGAACAUAUAGCCAGUGUUAUUAAUGCCGAUCCAAAGGAAAUCAUACUCACAAGUGGUGCUACAGAGACCAACAACAUGGCGAUCAAGGGUGUGCCUCGUUUUUACAAAAACACAAAAAAACAUAUAAUCACUACACAAACUGAACACAAGUGUGUAUUGGAUUCUGCUAGACACAUGCAAGACGAAGGGUUUGACGUUACAUAUUUGCCUGUAAAUAAAGAAGGAUUAAUCGAUAUAGAAGAUUUGAAAAAAGCCAUUCGGAAAGAUACUAUAUUAGUCUCGGUGAUGGCAGUCAACAAUGAAAUCGGUGUCAUACAGCCUCUCAAGGAGAUUGGAGAAAUCUGUCGUGCCAACAAAAUCUUUUUCCAUACUGACGCAGCACAGGCUUAUGGAAAAAUCCCCAUUGAUGUAAAUGAAAUGAAGAUUGACUUGUUAUCCAUCUCGUCACAUAAGAUAUAUGGUCCAAUGGGUAUAGGGGCAUGUUAUGUUCGUAGAAGACCAAGAGUGAGACUAGAUCCAAUAAUUACUGGUGGUGGACAGGAAAGAGGUUUGAGGUCAGGCACACUAGCACCGCCAUUGGUUGCCGGAUUUGGAGAAGCUGCAAGAUUAAUGAAACAGGAAUAUAGUUACGACCAAAAGCAUAUUGAAAGAUUAUCGUCUAAGUUGAAAGAUGGAUUAUUGUCGAUUCCAUCUACUAUACUCAAUGGUUCGCGCAAUCGCAAAUACCAAUAUGCCGGUUGUGUCAAUGUCUCAUUUGCAUAUAUUGAAGGAGAAUCUUUGCUAAUGGCUCUUAAGGAUAUUGCAUUGAGUUCAGGAUCGGCAUGUACUUCAGCAAGCUUAGAGCCUUCCUAUGUUUUGCAUGCCUUGGGAGCAGACGAUGCUUUAGCUCAUUCAUCAAUUAGAUUUGGUAUUGGACGAUUCACUACCGAGGCAGAAGUUGAUUAUGUUAUUAAAGCUAUUAACGAGAGAGUUGAGUUUUUGAGAAAGAUGUCACCAUUAUGGGAAAUGGUUCAAGAGGGUAUAGAUUUGGAUUCAAUUGAAUGGAGUGGUCAUUAA